UGUGCAGAAUGGGUAGCUGAUCUCAGCUCCCAGUUAGCACAAAGGGAAAUAAACAUGGCAACAGACUGGAGUGUCUGGCAGGGAUAUACACUAACUUUAAUAGCUUUCAUAUGGUGGAUGGCAGGCACAGGAGCCGAGACGGGGGUCCCGGAGACUGGUAGUCCCACCCGGGUCUUCGGCAUGCGGCUGGAGAGGAGUGACAAGCCGGCCACGACCACCAAUGACGGGGUGAUUCAGGUAACAGAAGAGAGCAACAUCUUCCUGAGGUUCUACGGGCUACAGAUUCUUCCUGACACCUCAUCACAGAUCAGAUUCACCGACCAUGAACAUGAGGAAGGUGAUGUUACCAGCAACAAUACUCCUUUUAACAGGACUUGUGCAGACUAUAGCAAAGAUAUCGUUAUCAGGGGUGGCAUGAACGUGAGCCACCUCCGAACCUGGGGGGUUCUGAGUUUGAAAAUCAAGCCUCUCCGGAAGAGCGAGCUCCAGAAGGAGUAUGGGCUGUGUGUCCAGGAAAGCCAGGAUGGCAAGUGGUACCUGUUGGGUGAGGAUGACGGAAGGCUGCGGGUGGUGGAGGAGAAGAAGUCCAUGCUUCCUAUGUGGUUCCAGUGCAUCCUCAUCUGCUGCCUGCUGGUACUGUCAGGUAAGUCCCACCUGGCCAUUGUUCAGAAGGUGAAUGAUGAGGGGGAGGGGGAUCCAUUCUACGAGGUGCUGGGAUUGGUCACCCUGGAAGACGUCAUCGAGGAGAUCAUCAAAUCAGAGAUCUUGGAUGAGUCUGACCUCUACAAUGAGUCUAUAAAAUCUGACAACAGCAGAAACAGGAAAAAGGUGAUACCCAAUAAGAACAAGAGGAACUUCUCUGCCUUCAAACAGAGCGAGAGCGAAUCCAAAGUCAAGAUCUCCCCUCAACUGCUAUUGGCCGCUCACCGCUUCCUGACUACAGAGGUGAUGUUGUUCAGCCCAUCCCAGAUCUCAGACAAGGUUCUGUUGAGGAUUUUAAGACACCCAAGACGUGAUCCAGGAGAUCAAGUUUCAUGACAGUGACAAACGCUGUCCUCAACACUAUGUCUACCAGAGAGGGAAGGCAGUUGACUACUUCAUACUCAUAUUGCAGGGGCGAGUGGAAGUGGAGGCCGGGAACGAAAACAUGAAGUUUGAGACAGGACCAUUCUCCUUCUACGGUGUCAUGGCCCUCAGUGCUCCCACGUCAGGCAAGUUCUCUCUCUCUCUCUCUCUCUCUCUCUCUC